CCCGCCCCCUACAAGGAUCUGCAGAAGAAAACGCAGAACCCACAAAAGAGUGAUCACCCUUCCAUCCAUGGCGUGCAUCAAUACCUUCCAAAGUUGCUCCAUUAUCAGAGGGUCAAAGAUCAACACAAGAAAUAAGGGCAGUGAUGGAAAGGGAUCACCAACCUUUCUGCGCAGGGCGUCCACUUUCAUGGACGGGAGCCUCCGGCUUGAGCUGGACGAGAACCCUGAAGCUAUCAUCUCCGGCGAGUGGCAAGAGAACUUCUCCCUUCUGAGCUACGAUGAUCUCCGCGCCUACCUUGAGUCACAGCAGGCUGUCCAAGUAGGCAAUCAGCAAGUGACACUCUUGCGUGAGGUCAUGUCAGCACCUGUUCUAGUGGCCACAGCAGAGCAGACGUUGGAGGAGGUUGAAUGCCACUUUGAGGUCGUCUCAGGGCUUCCAGUUGUAGACAGCAGCCUCAGAUGUGUUGGGAUGGUCGUCAAGAAUGACCGGGCCAGGGCUUCUCAUGGGUCAAAGACGAAGAUUGCACAAGUUAUGACCUCACCAACCAUCACACUAUCAUCUGACAAAACAGUGAUGGAUGCUGCGGCUCUGAUGCUCAAGAAGAAGAUCCACAGAUUACCAAUUGUAAAUCAGGAUAACCAAGUAAUAGGUAUAGUUACCCGUGCUGAUGUUCUGCGCGAGUUGGAAGGCCUGCUGAAGAUUUAGAUGUGUAGCAGUCCAUGCUCAGAACUUCUUGUGUAUAUGUAAAUAUGUCCACGGUGCUUCUGAGUAGCAAGCAGAUGUAUAAUCUGUAAGAGUGCACUGUAGCACCGGCAAAAAUAAGCCUAGGAGAACUUGAGAGCUUUUCCUUGUAAAAGAAGCAUGCCAGGAAACUUCUGCUCUGUGUUGUACUGUCUGCGCAGCACCGCAGCCAAACAUUUUCGUUAGUCAAUGAUUUCCAGAACAACAUAAA